AUGAUCUCGCCAAAGUAUUCAUUAACUCAUUAUUAUCUUUCUGCCAAGACAUUGGCUGCCUCACAAGGUGUAUCACCUCACAUUAUCAAUUUAUACCUUGAUUACAAUUGUCCAUUUAGUGCCAAAUUAUACUUGAAAUUAUACAACAAGGUUAUUCCUGAAUUACAAGCUAAACACCCAGGCAAGUUCCAAUUCGUGUAUGUUAAUGUUAUCCAACCAUGGCACACUAAUUCCAACUUGUUGAAUGAGUUUGCCAUUGCUUAUGCUAAAUUGUUACGUGAACAGCCUAGUGGUGAUACCAACGGUGACUUUUGGAAAUUGAGUGAAGUGUUGUUCAAGAAUAAGGAAUCAUUUUAUGAUACUUCAAACAUUGACUUGACCAGAAAUCAAAUCUAUGCCCAGAUUUACGAUGUUGUCUCCAAAGAAUUGAAGUUGGCAUUCGAUAAAAAGACUAUUUUGUCACAAUUGGAAAUCCCCCAUUCUGAAACUCCAAGUAACGCCGGAAAUGCUACUGCUGUAGAUGUCAAGUACUUUACCAGAUACUUGAGAGGUGUGGGUGUUCAUAUCACACCUACUGUAAGUAUCAACGGUAUUGUCAAUGAUGCGAUUUCCAGUGGCACACCAGAAGAAGAAUUGAUUGAACUUUUCGAAAAGUCUUUAUAA